GGAGUCAGUCUGGGCUCCGUCUCGCGGUUGGCUCCACUGGUCUCAGCACUACGGCUCCAGUCGCAGCCCCCCUCCCAGGUCCCAUCCUCCAGGAGGCCCAAAGUGAGGCCCAGACGUGGGACCCAUAGAGAUAGCGCUGUGAGUGACUGCGAUUGGGAAAGGGAGGGGAAGACUCAGGCGGCCGGCAGCCCAGCCUGGCCACCCCCUGCUCCUGUCUGGGAGGUUCCUGGAGUCCAGACCUCUAAGCUCCGCCCUUCUCCGAGACCCAGGUGUCCGGCUCUUCAAGCUCCCGCCCUUGUCAGACACCCAGCCCCAGACCCAGAUUCACCAACACUCACCACAACUACCCCAGGAGGAGUCUGCAGACCGCGAGAGUAUCAGGACCAAGAUUUGUUCGAUCCCUCUUCCGGAUCCCCCUUCCCAAGAAGGAGUGUAACAAGAGGGUUCAGCCAUGCCAGUGACCGUCACUCGGACCACCGUGACCACUACCACCACCUCUUCUGGCCUGGGCUCACCCACCAUAGUGGGCUCUCCUCGGGCACUAACAUCCAGGCUGGGCCUCUUGCGCCUGCUGCAACUGGUGUCCACCUGCGUGGCCUUCUCCUUAGUGGUCCAUGUGGGUGCCUGGGAUGGGGUUAUGGGCCACUGGGCCAUGUUUGCCUGGUGUUUUUGCUUUGCCAUGACACUGGUGAUUCUGUUGGUGGAGGUGGGUGGCUUCCAACCCCGAUUUCCACUCUCCUGGCGCAAUUUCCCCAUCGCCUACGCCUGCUAUGCCACCCUGCUCUGCCUCUCGGCCUCCAUCAUCUACCCUACCACCUAUGUCCAGUUCAUGGGCCAGGGCCAAAGACGAGACCACGCCAUUGCAGCUACCUUCUUCUCCUGCGUGGCCUCCCUCGCCUAUGCCACUGAGGUGGCCUGGACCAGAGCCCGGCCUGGGGAGGUCACGGGCUACAUGGCCACUGUCCCUGGCCUCCUCAAGGUCUUUGAGACUUUUGUAGCCUGUAUCAUCUUUGCCUUUGCCAGUGACCCAUCCAUCUACCGGCGUAGCGCUGCCCUGGAAUGGUGUCUGGCAGUCUACUGCAUCUGCUUCAUCCUGUCUGCCGUGGCCAUCCUCCUGAGUCUGGGUGACUGCACAGGCCAAUUGCCCAUCUCCUUCCCUAGUUUCCUUACAGGCCUGGCUGUGCUGGCAGUGGCUCUCUAUGCCUCAGCCCUUGUGCUUUGGCCCCUCUAUCAGUUUGAUGACCGGAAGGGUGGCCGGCCCCGGAGGCGAGAAGAUUCGAGCUGCGCCACUCGCCAUACCUCUUCUGUGUGUGAUUGGGAUCGACGGCUGACAGUGGCCAUCCUCACCGCUGUCAACUUCCUGGCCUAUGUGGCUGACCUGGUACACUCGGCUCGGCUGGUCUUCAUUAGGGUGUGAGGUGGGCCCCAGCCUCCUAGCCUCUCCAUUCCCAGUCUCCUCCUUUUUCCUUUCUUUGAUCCUUUUGCCUGCUUUUCUCACUGUCUGUAUUUCCUUCUUUCCUACCAGUUCUUGGCCUCUUCUUUCUCUCUCUUCUUCUUUCUCCUGCCCUUCUGUCUGUCUCAACUCCCCUCUAAGGUGCUGAGCUUCUUACCCCUGGCCCACUUCCCAGUAGCUAUUCCAGAGUUACCUGGACACAUGUCAUCCUUCCCCACCCCCCACCCCCGCCUAGGGCCAUGGGUUCCCACUGCCAAAGCAUGCUGGUCUGCCUGAUCCCCUCCCCACCCAGUCCUGUGUGCCUUAGUCUGUGUGAAUGUUGGGAGAGCUAGAGAAGGUGGUGGCCUCCUCCUUCAUCCUCUUCCUGCCUGACUGGAGGUGGUGGGGGCAGCCUCUCCGUGCCAAAUGCACCUCCUCUUCCAAGUGAAAAAUGUAUCCCAAGAAAUGUCUUAGGAUUCUCAAUUGGAGAGUGAAGUCCUCAAGCCCUACUCCACCUUGGUCUCUGUGAUCACAAUGCUGUGAACAGCUCCUCCUGGCUACCUGGGGAAAGAGAAUGGAGGAGGGGGAGCACUACCCCUUCCCAUCUGCCUUGGACCUUUCCGGUCUCAGGGAAUGGCAGUCAAGACCAAGACUCAAAGCAAAGGACGUCUGACCCAGAAACACCAGUAGGGAGGGAUUUGGAGGACCAGAGAGAAGGGAACAAAUGUUUUCCUCCCAACCUUCCCCUCUUCGGUGCCCCGUUGGUGUGUGUGUGUGUGUGUGUGUGUGUGUGUGUGUGAGUGUGUGAGUGAGUGAAGGUUCUUGCUGUUGCUUCUGAGCACCCCACAUUGCUUUCUCUGGGGAGAUUAUGUUGGGCUGUGUUGGAUGUGAUGGUGUAUUACAAUGCUGGCCCCUGCCUCCUCCCCACACAUCUGCAGUUAGUGUUGGCAAUUUUUUUUACCUCAAUAUAAAGACCACAUAUUAAGUGUU